AUGCUAGUGCCCACCCUAACUGCCCAGAAAUCCACCACCUCCUAUUCCAUGGUAAAGAAAUCUCCGAACCUGAGACAGAUCUCCCCUUUGUCACCCUUCCCUUUUACUCCCGAGACUUCUCCCAAUAAGAGUUCAGACAGUCUCACAGGUUUCGUUGGCCAUGCUACAGCAAUCAACGCUUUCUCAGCCACUGCUACAUCAAACCCUUUGUCUGUUGCCAACACCAUUCCACCCUACAUACAGGCUCAAUCAACGGAAGACAGCGACAUUGUUGAACUGAGCGACGGCUCCCCUGCUAGAGAAAGGCCUAGGCACAUGCCCUCAAUGGAGGAAAACCACCUUGCAAAAGAACUCUACCGGUGCAAAUCUGUCCCUGUGCUUGAUCUGAUCCGCCCACUACCUCAAAUUCAAUGGGAUCUUUUCGAGAAGAUUAUUUCAAAGCAUAAAGCUGUGUUCCAUAUAACUCCCUCCAAGUUCGACUUCUCCAACAAGUUCUUACUCCAACUAGCAGAGCCUACGCACUGGACAACAACUUAUCACAUGAAAAUCUUCAUGCACAUGCUAGGUGCAAGGCAUAGUCGCCUCCUCGAGGAGCAAAAACUUGCUUUCAUUACACCUCACCUUGCAUCUGGAAUCCAGGCAAUAUCCAAGAGUUUCAACAAGUCAAGAAAGAGAGAGACAUUCCUAUGGGACGAUCAGCUGACGGAUCUUGUUCUCCAGCCUGGGAGGAGAUGGAUGGAAGAUGUGUUUACUGUCUACACACCCAUGAUAUGGGCCGAUAAACACUGGGUUGGUCUCGCGAUAAACCUCGACUUGGGCUGUGUUGAAAUCUUAGACCCCUUCCCCACUUUGUAUUCCGACAGGAGUGUUGCUCGUUUCAUGGCUACGGUUCUCAAGUCUUUACCCUACCUUGUAAAGAAGGUUGCAAACUACCAGCUAACUCAGUUCCGUGGUCUUCAACCAUUUACUUGUCACCGUGUCUCAAACCUCUACAUCAACGAAAUAGGAGGCGACUGCGGACCUGUAACCGUCAAGUUUUUGGAAAUGCACACACACGGUGAUCCUGAUCCCGGUAUGUCAAGCAUCACAGACCGCAAAGUUGAUGAUAUCCGCAAACAGUACGCACUUGAUAUCUACAAGACCAUCGUAAUGCCGGCUUACUACGCUCCACCAAGGGCCUGA